AAAGCGAAGCUCACUUGAUCCCCUCCUGGAGGUAGGUUGGGAAGAGCCAUGGCUACGCAGAGGCUGGCGGAAAGCCUGCACAGCGAAGCCUCCUGCUCCAUCUGCUUGGGUUAUUUCCAAGACCCCGUCUCCAUCCACUGCGGCCACAACUUCUGCCGGGCGUGCAUCACCCGCUGCUGGGAAGGGCUGGAGGCACAGUUCUCCUGCCCGCAGUGCAGGCAGACGGCUUUGCAGAAGAGUCUCCGUCCCAGCAGAGAGCUGGCAAAUAUUGCUGAAAUCGCCAGGCAGCUGAGCCCGCGGGCAGGAGGAGGAGCAGCGGGAUGGGAGAAUUUGUGCAGGCAGCACCAGGAGGCUCUGAAGCUCUUCUGCAAGGAGGACCAGCAACCCAUCUGUGUGGUGUGCGACAGGUCCCAGGCUCACCGCUUCCACGCCGUGGUCCCCGUCGAGGAAGCUGCCCAGGAAUAUAAGGAAGAAAUCCAAGGCUGCCUACAGGCUUUAAAGGAGGAGAGAGAAAAAUACCUGGAAAGCAGAAAAAACGGAGUACGGAAGAGCUCGUACCUGGAGAAAACCAAAAACGAAGGGAAGAAGAUAGUGUGUGAAUUCGAGCAAUUGCACCAAUUUUUGAAGGACCAAGAGCGCCUCCUCCUGACCCAGCUGGCAGACCUGGACCGGGCCAUCACCAUUAUCCAGGAGGAAGCAGUGGCGAAGGUCUCGGAGGAGAUGUCCCACCUCGACACCCUGAUCUGGGAGAUAGAGGGGAAAUUCCAGCAGCCGGCAAGCCAGUUCUUGCAGGACAUCAGAAGACUCUUGAAUAGUUGUGAGAUGAUGAAGUUCAACCCUCCGGUGGAGAUUUCCUCCGAUCUGGAAAGACAACUUGAGGACUUUGUUCAGAGAAAUGCCCUCGUGAGAGGCACGCUGAGGAAAUGCCAAGACAGCCUGAUGUUUAAAUUGCAAGAGCCAACCAAGGUGACCCUGGACCCGGCCACGGCUCACCCCAACCUUCACCUCUCCGAGGACCGCAAACAAGCCAGGGGCCAGCUGACUCAGCAGGACCUCCCGGACAACCCGGAGAGAUUUGAUUUCGAACCCUGCAUGCUGGGCUGCGAGGGCUUCACCUCGGGGAGGCAUUUCUGGGAGGUGGAGGUGGGGCAGGGGGGCGUCUGGGCCCUGGGGGUGGCCCGAGCAUCGGUCAAGAGGAAGGGACCGCUGAACCUCACCCCCAAAGAGGGGGUCUGGGCACUGGAGGCGUAUCACUCCCUCACAUCCCCCCGUGCCAACCUGCGCCUGAACCCGCUUCCCAGGAGGAUACGGGUCUCCUUGGACUAUGGAGGGGGGCGGGUGGCAUUUUUCAGCACAGAUGAUGAUGCUCCCAUCUUGGUUUAUACCAGAGCCUCCUUCAACGGGGAGAGGGUCUUCCCCUGGUUCAAGAUGGGGAUGGGGGCUCGUUUGCAAGAAAUCACCCAAAGCCCACCCUCAGAGGACCAGUCCAUGACUGGGCAGUUGAUGUCCCCUCUGGACUGGGUAGGAUUCAGGUCUCCCCUCCGAAUCUGUCCUUGAGGUGUCUGUCAAUCGUCCCUUUCGCUAAGGUCUAUCUCCCACGUGAUGCCAGCUUUUUGCUGUGGUUGCUCAGAGCAUCUCGACGAGGGAGCUUGCUGCUCCUCUCCCGUGUCCAUCUCCAUUGGGAGCUUUGGGAUGGCACCUGUACAGCAAGGAUGGGGAGACGGGGACACCAGCAGACAGCGGUGAAGAGGAAGGAUCAGCCAGUACGAGGUGACGGAGUCAGCACGUCAGAAGGAAGGGAACGUUGAGGGCUUGAUCAAGGAUGGAGAGAACUCAGGACUUUCAAAUGUGUGGUCUUUUAAAAUUUAUUUUUGCUUUUAAUGGACUGAAUCCUCCUGUUUAUAUCUCUUUCCAGAGUGUUUUCUUUCUGGCAUCAAUUGCAAGGCAGAUCCAGAAUCUGUUCUGCCAAGGGAGGUGGCCUUUCACUACAAACUGGCUUGGUUUGGGGAGCUGG